AUGGCUAUACUAUACCCAGAAGGAGAAGUCUUCUCUGACCGAAAGGUUCUUGCGCAAAAUUCGAAGAAUGGCUACCGUGUUGACGACGAGAAACAAUUCUAUUCUCACUUCAUGAUCGAAUACGUGUGGAACCGCGAAGCAUACCAUGGUAGCAAAAAUGCGAACUCAAUCUCAGUCAGCUACAAGUCCUUCCUCGGAAUGGAGGUGCCUGUGCUUGGGCCUGGCCUAGGUCACACACAUCGCCGCUCCGGAUACAAAGUCUCACAAGGGGAUUUUUGGGACACACACUACGGUAACUGGACACAUCUUCCUGUUAGCUAUGGUGCAGGGGGGAGUGACAUCAAGAGACGAGUUCAACACAAUCUCUGCACGAGUGGUAAUCGCUUUCGGAAUUAUGAGUCGAGCAGUAUAAGACCGACAAGUCGACACGUUUCGGCCUAA